UGUCGCAUAGCGUCCAGCCAGGCUCCACCAAGCUUCAAGGCUCUGUGAGGGCAGGCACUUCUUGAGGCAGCUCUACGUUUAGGUAGCUAGCUAGCUAGCCAGCCAGACAACUAGAGCUAUACAUCAUCCAGUAUUUUGCUAGCUAGAUAUCAUUUGGGAGAGCAGUCUCCACGCUUACUUCAUACAUAACUCGUCGAUAUGUCGGCAUUUUCUGAAGCUGCUUUAGAGAAGAAACUAUCGGAACUUAGCAACUCUCAGCAAAGUGUUCAAACAUUAUCUUUGUGGCUUAUACAUCAUAGAAAACACUCGAAGACCAUCGUCAGCGUUUGGUUCAACGAGCUGAAAAAAGCCAAGGUGUCGCGGAAGCUGACCUUUCUUUACCUGGCCAAUGACGUCAUCCAGAAUAGCAAGAGGAAAGGACCAGAGUUCACCCAUGACUUCGCUCCCGUCAUCGUUGACGCCUUCAAACAUGUGUCCAGGGACGGGGAGGAGGGGUGUAAGAAGCAGCUGGGCCGGGUCCUGUCUAUCUGGCAGGAGAGGGCCGUGUACGAGAACAACCUGCUGGACCAGCUCUCCAGUGUCCUGCAGGGAGAGAAGAAGGCUAAGAAGAGGCCGUACGAGGAGAUAAAACUGGACAGUGAGGACUUUGCCUCCCAGAGCUCCCCUGCUGAGCUUCCACAGACAGUAGAUUUAAUCCGGGCCCUGCAGGAGCUGGAGAACACAGCGUCUGGUGACUCAGCUCUGCGUCAACGCAUCUCUGCCCUACCUGCUGAGGUGCAGGACACCUCACUGUUACACAGGGUCACAGACAAGGAGUCAGGGGAGCGUCUGUCCAGGCUGGUGGAGGAGGCCUGUAUGCUGCUAGCUGAUUACAGCGGACGCCUGGCGGCGGAGAUUGAAGACAGGCGGCAGCUGACCCGCACGCUGACGCUGUUCCUGCACAGCCAGAGGGACGGUCUGGCCCAGAACGAGCUCAAACUAGAAGAGUACAAGCGUAAACUGGCGCGGGUGACGCAGGUCCGUAAGGGGCUCCGCUCUCGACUCAACAACCUCCCAGACCUCUCCCUGCUCCCCAACGUGACGGGUGGACAUUUGCACUUGCCCUCGUCGGGCGACCUCUACAACCCCUCAGACUGACUGCUUAUCUGCCCCCCUCACCCCUGAUCAACUCCCCCUACCCACUUACCUGAUUCGACUUACGUCUUGCCCUAUCUGGUCACGUGUGGAUUAUAUGUAGCCUAUAUCAUGGGUUGUUAACCUUGCCGUUGACACAUUCUCUCACCUUAUCCUUCACUGCGAGGACUUAAUCAUAAUCAGUCAAUAUUCAAGCUUUUCUCACUGCAUUUUCUGUGUGCAUUCGGCCAUUCCUUACAAUAAACACCAGUUCUCAUCCUAGCGUUCCUUUAACAUGUAUUAGUAGCACAGUGUUAUUUCACUCCAUCCUCAUCCCUCUCUCUCUCUGUGUGUGCCAACAAUCAGCUUUAGAUUUAGAAUGUAUGACAUGCGUUCAUGGUACACACAUCCUCUUGGCUGCUCUUCCUUUGAUGUGUUGAAUCAACAUUCUGUUUCAAAUGCAGAUCUCCCCAUGUUUCCCUUCUCCACCCAACUUCCUACAAAUGGUCAGGAAUGACACUGUUGUGAUCUUAUUUUUGUAUUUACAGUGGAUUUGGGUGCAGUCUGACACCAGAUUAAUAAUGCAGGGAUCCAAGUGAAUACAACUCGAUCAGUAGGAUAUCGCAUCUGUAUGAUUGGCUAUAGUAUUUUUUAUUAUAUUUGUCAUCCACAUGAACUUGGCUGUCUUUUAUAAUUGCUGUAACUUGUAUUCUAUCCUGCUGACAUGGCUCACUAGGUUUUAGAUCAUGCUGUCGGGCGCUUCACUAAGAACAAGGAUUGUUCCACUUAUUUAAUGGCCUUAAAAAGGAUUAAACCCAGACCCAGAAAUAGAAAUGAUAUCAAGUGUAAAAGUAAAUGUAUUCAUUGGCAAUGUUUGAAGAAAACAAAAAUGUUUUAGAUGUACUUGGUUAUGUUAUCUCUUUCAGGAAGGAUUAUUGUCCGCUGUAUAUAA